AUGGGGUCAGAACUAAAUUGGAUAAUUGUUUUCACAUCGUGCUUAUGUUUGAUGAAACAAUUUCAUAUCACCGAGAGUCAAAUUCUGUUAUCCCAAGUUAAAUUAUCUAAUUAUUUAUCCAACUUUCCUGCCAUAAAUAAAACACCAAAUUAUGUUUUUUCCCCUUUUAAUUUGGAACUGGCUUUGAGUGUAUUGAACAUAGGAACCCGGGGUUGCAACGCGAAUAUACCGGGCCUGACACCUAGAACAAAUUACUUGAGAAUUCGAAGUAUUGUGGAACUUCUAAAUGAAAUAAAACAAGACGGAAAUUUGACCUUAAAGAUCAAUAAUGACUUGUACGCCACAUCUGACGUUAAAUUAAUUGAUAAGUAUGUUAGAGUGAUCGAUAAUAUUUUCAGAGCCUCUGUAUACUACGUAGACUUUAAAAAUGAUUUGGCAAGUGUCGUCAGUAUGAUAAACCAAAAAAUAUCCGAUAAUACGAAUGGUUUGAUAGUAGAUUUUAUCAAGCCCGACCAAGUUGAUUCCAACACCGUUCUCCUAUCAGUGAAUUCUCUUUAUUUCAAAGGCACUUGGAAGGAACCUUUCAAUGAGUAUUUCAUCCUAAAAAUUAAAUAUGUUUACUGA